ACAUUAGUUCGUUUUAUUUCGGCUUUAUUUUUAUAUUGUUUUUACUAUUGCAUUGCACAAAUGUACAAUAACAGACAGAGAACAACAACAACAAACAACUUAGGCGCAUACACAAUCAACAACAGACGCGCAACGGCGCACGAAUAAUUGCCAAACGUUAACUGUUAACUGCAUAACUGUUAACGUACACAUUCGCCAGGCAAACGGGCCCAGCGUGUGCGCCGAAGGUUAUUAAACGCAAGAUCUUGUGUCGCUGCCGCUAAAUAGCUAGCAUAUACAUAUAUAUAUAUAUAGAUGUUAAGGUUUGCGCUGCACGACGCCAUUGGCUAUGUGCGCAGCAAUGUGCGUGAUUUCAGUCUCAAUGCCCUGCGGCUGCUACCCCAACUGCCCCAACUAAGUCCCUACGAUGUGAAUAUUGCACUGAAGGAGAACGAGUUUGUUUACAAUUUCCCGCUGGACGGCAUCAUACGCAGCUAUGAAACAAAUCAGCUUGGCUCCAAUUCUCCCUGCGAGGAUUCGCGCACCGAGGCCAGCCUCCAGUUCCGCAACGGCUUCAUAUGCGGCGUCUUCGAUGGCCAUGCGGGCGCCGCCUGCGGCCAGGUGGUCUCCAAACGCCUGCUGCGCUACAUAUCGGCCGGCACGCUGCCGCGCCAGGUGCUCAAGCAGCAGCUGAAACAGGGCUGCGACAGCCAGUCGUUUCUCAAGUGCCACAACGACAAGGUCGACUUUGUCAGCGAGAUACGGCCCAUCUAUGAGCGCAGCUUUCAGCAGUAUAUCAAGCGUUUGGCCGAGGUGCCGCAACGGGAUGUGGCCAGCGAGCUGGAGCACGCAUUCCUUCAGCUGGAUGCGGAUUUGGCCCAGGAAGCGUUGGACAACAAUGAUGCGCGCACCAUGGGCGUGGCGCUGUCGGGCGCCGUCGCCUGCCUGGUGCACUUGGAGGGCCUGCAGCUGCAUGUGGCCAGCACUGGGGACUGUGGCGCCGUGCUGGGCGUGCUGGAUCCGCAGACGAAUCAAUGGCAUCCCAAAAAGAUGAACAUCGAGCACAAUGUGGAGAACAUGCAGGAGGUUAGCCGCAUACUUGGCGAACAUCCGCGCGAGGAGCGCGAAACGGUAAUACGAAAUGGCCGGCUGCUCAGCCAGCUGGCGCCGUUGCGUGCCUUCGGCGACUAUCGCUACAAAUGGCCCGUGGAAACGCUACAGCAGAAGGUGGUGCCCAUGUUCGGGGAGCAGGUGUUGCCGCCAAAUUAUUAUACGCCACCGUACCUGACCGCCCGGCCGGAUGUGCAACAGCACGAGCUGUGCGCGAACGAUAAGUUUCUAGUCAUUGCCAGUGACGGCCUCUGGGAUUUCCUAACGCCCAGCGAGGUUGUCAGCCUUGUGGGUGAGCACAUUAACUCGAAAAAAACAAUGGAACCGAUGCGCCUGCCGCCCGGCAAUGUAACGCUGCAGCAAAUCUCCGAUCAGCUAGCCGAGCGCAAAGCGGGUCUCACACGCAAACCGAUCGAUCAGAAUGCGGCCACGCAUCUGAUACGCCAUGCUCUGGGCGCCACAGACUAUGGCAUUGAGCACUCGAAGAUCUCGUAUUAUUUGUCGCUGCCGCAGGACGUGGUGCGCCUGUACCGCGACGAUAUCACCAUCACCGUCAUCUACUUCAACUCGGAGUUUAUAGCGCGGCUCAAGGGCGAAACGCUGCCCCAGUCGCCGCAGACGAUGCAGCCGCCGGCAGCGUGAUCUGCGUCUAAAUCGUGUUGAUCCGGCCCAGUCGAGCCAGUCCACAUGCCACCUGAACCAGCCUUCAGACAACCGGCACAUAGUGCGAUCUAUAUAGAUAUAUGUGUACAUAUAUAUAUAUAUAUAUAUAUAUAUGGUUAUGCAUGCAUAUGUGUCUGUGUAUUUAUUGGCCAGCGCUAAAGUCUAGCCUAAGUUGUUUCGUUUAAGUUUUGUUUACAAAUUUAUACAAUCCUCAACCACAUCCAACCCUCUAUUGUUGUUGUUGUUGUUGUCGUUGUUAACUGCUUAUCCUGUGCCGGGACGAGAGCCAAUCGCAGGCUAAACGCAAAUAAAUAUCAAAGAUAAUCUAUA